GAAUGUCAUAAUCACCCCUCUUUUUCCUCUCUUCCUAAUACUACUAUAUUUAUAUUGCUUGUAUAUAAAAAAAUAUAAAUAAUAUCUCCUCUCAUCUAAGCUAAGGAAUUCCAUUUCUUCUGAUUUUGUUUAAAAGGAGUGGAAUAACCAAGAAAAAGAAAGGAAGAGAAGGACCUUUGGGAGGGGAGAGAGAAGAGAGGAGAGAGAAAGGAAAGUGAGAGGAUGAGCAUACCCUCUGUUUUCAUUUAUGUAUAUUCCUCUCAUUAGAUCUUAGUUUAACUCUAAUUUCCAAUCUUUUUCUUCUUCUUUCAAUGGUUUACAAAUAUUGAAUCUUGAUUGAUGAACCAAGGAUCCGAUGAUUUACAUUAAAUUCUGCGGUUUCCCACUUAAUAUUUGAUCAGUGACUGCUACCGGAUUCCUGCCUGAUUUUCUGGACAAGAUGGAGGUGGAUCAAGGUAAGCUCUUUAUUGGUGGGAUAUCCUGGGACACAAAUGAGGAUCGUCUUAAAGAUUAUUUUGAAACAUAUGGGGAUGUUGUGGAGGCAGUGAUCAUGAGAGACCGAACCACCGGUCGUGCUCGUGGCUUUGGAUUUGUUGUCUUUGCAGACCCUGCCAUUGCUGAGAGGGUGGUAAAGGAGAAGCACAUGAUUGAUGGACGAACUGUGGAAGCUAAGAAAGCUGUUCCAAGGGAUGACCAGCACCUUAUAAAUAGAAACAAUGGCAGCAUGCAAGGUUCACCAGGACCUGGACGUACAAAAAAGAUAUUUGUAGGAGGAUUAGCAUCAACUAUUAGUGAGAGUGAUUUUAAAACUUAUUUCGAUCAGUUUGGUACAAUAACAGAUGUUGUGGUGAUGUACGAUCACAAUACGCAGAGGCCAAGAGGUUUUGGAUUUAUAACAUAUGAUUCAGAGGACGCAGUAGAUAGGGUGCUGCAUAAAACAUUCCAUGAACUCAAUGGUAAAAUGGUUGAGGUAAAGCGAGCAGUUCCCAAAGAAUUAUCUCCGGGACCCAGCCGGAGCCCACUUGUUGGUUAUAACUAUGGUUUUACUAGAGCCAACAAUUUCCUUAAUAACUAUGCCCAGGGAUAUAACCUAAGCUCAGUUGGAGGUUAUGGAGUUAGGAUGGAUGGUAGAUAUAGUCCACUAGCUAGUGGUCGAGCUGGUUUCUCACAUUUUGGUUCUCCUGCGUAUGGACUGGGUGUCAAUAUGGAGCAAGGUUUGAGUGGUGGCUUUGGAGGGGGCUCUAACUUCAACAACAACUUAGGUUAUGGUCGUGUUCUGAACCCAUAUUUUGCCAGUAACCAGGGCAGGUACAACACACCUAUUGGUUACAAUACAAGUAAUAGUAUAGGUGAAUCUUUUCUAAACACUUCACCUAGAAGUGUAUGGGGAAAUGGUGGACUUAAUGCUUCUCCAAAUAGUGCUGGCUCUGCUUCAUACUUUGGUUCUGCAAGUGGUGGUUUCGGAGUCUUUGGAAACAAUGGAACAAACUGGGGCACUUCCCCUGUCACUGGGUCCCUUGGAGGAAGCUCUUCUGGCUACAAUGGUGGAAACUUUGGCUACAGAGGUGGAGAUAACAGUUAUGCUGUGGGAGCAGGAGGAUUCAGAAGAAACACUGAAACUGGUGUUGCCACAACAUCUUCGUUUGCUGCUUCAACGGGUGAUUAUGAGGGAUCCUACGGGGACUUUUACCGUAGUGGUUCUGUAUAUGGUGACCCAACUUGGCAAACUGCAUCUUCUGAGCUGGAUAAUUCUAAUUCGUUCGGUUAUGGGCUUGGAAACCCAGAAGACGUUGCUGCUAAAGAUUCUGAGGAUUAUGUGGUCGGUUAUGACCUUCCAAAUAGGCAAUCCAGUAGAGGUAAUGUUUCUUUUAUUCUUGAUCUAAUGUUAUACCCCUCUUUAUUUUCUUAUAUUUAAAUAUCUUCGCUUACCUUUGUGGAUGGGUGGUUUUGGAUCUAAUUAUCCAGAUUUAUUUUUUCUUUAUGCAAAUAUUAGCCAUUUUCUGUUAUUGCAAGGAAUGAAACUCAUAGGAUGAAUGUUUUCUUUUCUUUCCACUGUAUUCUAAUUCUCUAGACUUACCAAACCAUGAUAUGGGACUUGGUGCUAAAUUUUUCUGGCAUUGAUUCACUUGUUGAAGCAUCCAAAUUGAAAACAUGAAGCUGCAAUUUUAGUUUGUGCACAGAGAAUUCACUAUAUUACAUUUGUCACUUAUUGGUGCAUAAUAGAUAGACUCGUGUUGUAGUAUGAUUCAUUUACCAUUUUUGGUGCCACAUUGCAAAUUCUUAUUGAAUCUAUCUAUGGACCAAGCCUCAUUUAUUAUCACUUUUGCAUUCAUUCUUCUCAGGUUUCUUUUAUUGUCAUAGGUUGCUCCAAGUGAAAUCUGUCAUUUGCUCCAUUUUUAGCCCACUUGUAAAUUAUAUUUUAAUCUAUAUGUGGGCCAAUUUUAAUUUGUUUGCACUUUUGCAUUCACUUGGAGGUUGCUUUUGUUGUCAUAGUUUGCUCCAACUGAAAUUGUCAUUGCAUAAAUAACUAAAGGUUAUGGGUAAAAAAUUUAAGUGCAAAACAUGUACAUUGUAAUGUAUAAGUAACCAAGAGACGAAGAAAGCUCUCUCUUGAUUAGCAGAAUGAUUGGAUAUAUGAUGAUGCACUUGUGUACCUAAACUAAAGGUCUGCAUUUAAGUCAAAUCAAUUGUGCGUAUACAACAUUUCUUUCUUUUGGCGGGUUAUGCAAAUAUGCACGAGCUUAAAAAGAUGAUGGUGUCUGAUACUUACCCUAAGAAACUGAUUAGUUAGAAACUUGCAUGAACUUAGACGAGGAGUAAUCAAAUUGUGUUGUGAAAUUUGGCGUUGAGCUAAUUUUUUCUCCAUUUCUUCAGGGAUUGCUGCUUAGGAAACUUUAGUGAUGUGAAGAUAAUGUAGAAGAUGAGAUUUUUGAGAAGUUGUGGAUUUUGAAUUUCGUACGUAUCCCUCACAGAUAUAUACAUACACACACGCAUACAUACACACACACACACACACACACACACACACACAUAUAUAUAUAUAUAUAUAUAUAUAUAUAUCAUGUCAUUACACAGAGCUAACAGGAUGUUGCCUUGAAGCAUACGUGUCAGAGGAAUUUUGUAAAGGCUUGGGUUUUUAUUUUGAAAAUAUAAGGAUCAACAUUUUGGUUGAGAUGUAUAUCAGAUUGCGGGAGGAUCCAUUCUAGCUUUGAUUUGUUGUGCGAUGACUGCUACAAUGAUGUUGGAAAGGUAGAGAGUUUUUUAUUUUUUAUUUAUUUAUUUUUGUAUUCAUUUUUCCCCCUAUUUUUUGGCUCUAAUGACUGGCUAAAAUUUUCCUUAUUUUUGUCUGGAAAUUGUAUUGGUCUCAGAUUGUAUGUGUGAUUGCUAGCGUGAUAUAUAAAGAGGGUGUUUAAGCCUGCUAGGUUUCCCUUCAAUAAAAAUACGGAUAUGAUUAUAUAUUCA